AUGACCAUUGAAGAGUCGAUUCAGAGGAGUGAAACUUGGGAACUAGAUCGUGGACUCAGCACUGCACUGCAAUCCCAACCACAUGUAGAUCUUCAGAUAGAUGUCAUGUAG